AUGGAUUAUCAAAAUAGGGCUGGUUCGAAGAAGGGAGCGGGUGGUGUUGCCUCUGAUGCUCAGGCAGACCUGGCUAGACGGAAACAAGUGGAAGACCUACUAAAAGGUGGCGAAGAUAUUCCAUAUACAUUCCAGGAGACCAAUGACCAGGAAGAAAAAUUGAGAAAGAACCCUUAUAUCUACAAGAACCAUUCCGGUAAGCUUGUCUGCAAGCUAUGUAACACCAUGCAUGUGUCAUGGUCUAGUGUAGAGCGCCAUUUAAGUGGUAAAAAACAUGGUUUGAACGUUCUUAGACGUGGCAACACGACGAGCAAUGGUAAUGGUGGGUCAGAGUAUUCAGCAAAGAAUGAUCGCGACCGCGAAUUCCAUAAGGAAGUCGAAACUAGACGUAGCGCCUUACAGAACAAUGGUUUGGUACCGAAGUGCUCUGUCGUAAGUGUGAGAGAUGAAUCAACUAAUAGUGAAGGGGUUGCCAUACGAGUAGAUUAUGAUGAGGACGGAGCUAUCGCCGAUGAGAGCAUCACACCAAUGAUAAGAAUUGUAUCAGGUUUAGAGCUGCAGGAAGCAGAAAAGAAAGACAGAAAGUACCUAGCAAUCGCGUACGAGCCUUUUGAAAUAGUUGCCAUCGAAAUUCCGUCAGAUAGACAGAUUAAGAUGGACAAACUCGAAACUAUUCGAGAUUCGGUAGAUGAAGUCAAUUCAAAGUCUACUUUUUGGGAUCCCGUCCACGGUAAGUUUUACGUUCAAGUUUUUUUUGAAUAA